AUGUGUUAUAAGAGACGCAUACGUGUCCGAAAGGCGAUUUGGGAAUUAGGGUUUCNUUCAACCGCAAUGGCCGCUGCGUGUGGGGUUGAGAUGCUCCACGCGUCGUCUCUCAUCCUAGACGACCUCCCUUGCAUGGACGACGACAGCCUCCGCCUUGGGAAACCCACUAACCAUAUAGUCUUUGGAGAAGGAACAGCCAUAUUAGCUUCUGAUGCGCUCAUAGCUUUGGCUGUCCAAAAGGCCGCGACAUCAACCUUAAUGGACGUACCUCCAGAGAGGGUUCUCAGGGCCGUUCAGGAGAUGGUGAAAGCAGUGGGGACGGAGGGGCUUGUUGCAGGUCAAGCGGCGGAUUUGGCUGGAGAAGGUAUGAGCUUUGAUAAUAACGAAGUGGGAUUAGAGCAUCUUGAGUUUAUACAUAUUCAUAAAACGGCAGCGUUGCUUGAAGCGGCAGCUGUCACGGGAGCUAUAAUGGGAGGUGGGUCGGAUGAAGAAAUAGAGAAGCUUAGGAGUUACGCAAGAUGCAUUGGGUUGAUGUUUCAGGUGGUGGAUGAUGUGCUUGAUGUGACCAAGUCAUCGGAGGAGUUGGGAAAGACUGCAGGUAAAGAUUUGAUCGCCGGAAAGCUAACGUACCCAAGACUGAUGGGAAUGGAAAAAUCGAGGGAAUAUGCAGAGAGAUUGAACAGAGAAGCUCGGGAACAUCUUCAAGGGUUUGAUUUAGACAAGGUGGCUCCUUUGUUGUCUCUCGCUGAUUACAUUCUCAACAGACAAAACUGA